ACUUAUCAGCCAAAGGCUUAUAGUUAAUAAACUCCGCUCCACGUAAAAGAUGACAUAACAUUACUUAUUACCCAGUUCGUCUCAAAUUAUUGGGUCAAUCGAACAAGUCAAGCUGAUUCAAAAUCGAAGAAAAAGUCAUUAGUAGAAAACGACAAAACUUUUGAUACCCCUGAUAAUAUCAUGCUCAAGAACAUCAAGUAAUAUUCCAAUUAUAAAUAGUUUACAUUGCACAGAAAGAAAAAUAAUUUCAACCAGUUAACCAAGAGAUGACAAGUUAAUGUUGAGCGUUCACUUGAUUCCAAUAAAAUGAUUCGAAUCAUCGAAAAACGUAGAAACCCAAAUUAUCGUGAUCACUUUAAAUCUUGCCUUUACAAACUAAUCGGUUGGACGGGUGAAUCAGAUGUUGAGACUAGAAGAGCUUUAGCUCAUUUUGAUUAUCUGAAUCGAGUAUUUCUCAUAAGUUUAUGUGGUGGACAAAAGCAGGAGUAUGAUAAGCCAAUCACUCGAAGUGUAUGGAUAAGUAACUGGAUCAUUCGUAUUGCAAUACUUUCAACUUUUAUCCGAACCAACUUGUUCUUGUACUUUCAUGGAUGUCAUCAGAUGGAUUUAUAUCUAGCAAAUCCCAUGCCAAACGCUGAAAGAUCAAAGAAAAUAGUUUUCUUUAUUUUAAUGGAUGUUACCAUUGUGAUAUUUUCAUUGCUUCGCGAGUAUUGUCAUUAUAUUGAGCGAUCUAGUGUUUUAGUCCCUUUAAGAAUUUUUUUCAAUAUUCGAAAGCAUGGAGUUGAAUGGAAACCUCUGAGAUUCAAUAGUCGAUGUUCAAAGAUAUUCAAUAAAGCUUGCUAUUUCAUUAUUACAAAUGGAACUCGACUUUUGGUUUUUAUUUGUUUCUAUUCAAUAUUGCUGUACAUUGCAUUUCGUUUUUACUUUUCAAACUAUUCAACAGUACUUCACGUUAUUUUCAUACUUUUGUUCACUGCUUUUGAUGUUACCGUGAUGUUGUCUUUCAUUGUUUUAUUAGCUAGUCUGGGAAUCUAUCUUAUGGCUUUGAUUGCCUUUUACAAUGCCCAAGCUGAUACAAUAAGAGAUGAGAUUAAACAUUAUUUAAGGAAAGUUGCGUUGAGUUCAGAAGAACUGAGACAAGUUAAUGGAAAAGUAAUUCAGUUCAUGAAUGAUAUCGAAAAAACAUAUCUUCGCUUGAAUUAUCUUCAUCUUUACCUGGAAGUUGUCAUAGCCUUUGAAGUUGACUUUGUGUUAUUUGUGGUGAUAUUCACUGAUUCUUUGCCUACCACUUUUUUCGUCACUUUCUUCAUCUUUUCAGUAGCAUUUGUGGUUCAUGCGUUCCUUGUUAUUGGAAAUUACUGGGCAUCUCGUUACUACACUAAAGUAAGUUUAUCCUUUGCCAUGUAAUGCUGAUCUGUAACAUUUGAUUCACAUGCAAACUACUUCAAGACGCUAAGUAUACACGGAUAUUACAAUGGACUGAUAUUGAACACGAAAACGAUUUGUUCUGCUCAAUUCAAGGCGUUAGAAGUACAGGAUCGAAUCAAUGGGAACAAAACCGGCAUUGCAAUCGGCGAUUUCUGCCUGAUAACUCCUGCCUUUUCUCUGAUUGUGAGUACUUUGUGUCAUUUUAUUGUAACAUUUGUAUUAAUGCGAUUUCAUUCACUCAUUGCAGUUUAUUCUGGAAAAUAUCAACUUUAUUAUGCUCUUAGCCGUUAACGUCAGAACGAUGAUUUAAUAUUUUAAUAU